GCAGGCGGGCGGGCGAGUGCGCCGGGUAUUGGCAGCUGAGGAGUGGAGGCUGGGCGGCUCCGACUCCCUGACGCCAGCGCGACCAGAUCAAUCCAGGCUCCGGGAGCGAGCGAGCGAGCGAGCGGGCGGGCGGGAGGAGGAAGGAGAGGCCGAGCCGCUGAGCCCGGGCCGAGGCGCGGGGAGGGACCCUGCGAGCGCAGCGCCCGGCCGGCCUGACCGGGGCGGCGGGGGACCCCGCUCGCCCGGCCAACGCGUGCGCCCGCGUGGACAGGCGCGCAGCCAACCCGCCACCUGUUUAACAGUGAGCUAUCACAUUGGACAGCACAGAUCUGGAGGCCAGUCUGCAGCUCUGCCUGACCACAGAGAGUAUUCCUGAUGGGGUCCCAUAUGUGUUCGUGUUUGUGUGCUCAGGACUUCUGUUCAGUUUGUUCAAGCUCGAGAGAACGUCUGAUUGGUUUCAAAUGGCCUUCUGUUAAACUGCUGAGGUGUUGAUCUGUAUUCCAGGAAAGCCUCCUUUAAAAUUGGUGCAUCCUCACUGAGCAGUUCUGCUUUUUGUUGAGCCAAUAUUAAUCAAUUCAGCAAAUGUUUCAUGCAUCCAGCGCUGGGCUCUGUUUCGGGGAGGGAGAGAGAAACAUCUAAGUCAGUUUUUGCUGUGCAGAAGCAAUCUUAACUGACUGAGUUCCUUGAGGGUAUGUGGACAGUAUCUUCACGAUCUUCAUGUUAGCACAGUGGUUCUCACUUUGCACAUCAGAAUCCUGUGAAUGACAACCACCGCAAAAAUGCCAGGGCCCGCCCCUGGGGGGGUCUGGUUCCAGGGUUACGGUUGGGGAGCUUUUAAAGAAGCACCACAGGUGCUGACUUUGGGUUACUUUUGGAAACACUAGGAAUGGUGAUUUCUACUUUUCAGGACCUCAGCACGAAGAAGCUAAGGAGAAUCCUAUGUAAAUAAAGUGAAACCUCUUCUGCUGUCCUUUCACAUUUGGGGACGUCUUUCUUUCUCCAUCCACAAGGAGUAUACGUGGUGCCAUCAUGAACGUGACAAGUUUGUUUUCCUUCACAAGUCCAGCUGUGAAGAGACUUCUUGGGUGGAAACAGGGUGAUGAAGAAGAAAAAUGGGCAGAGAAAGCUGUUGACGCUUUGGUGAAAAAACUGAAGAAAAAGAAAGGUGCCAUGGAGGAACUGGAAAAGGCCUUGAGCUGUCCGGGGCAGCCCAGUAACUGUGUCACCAUUCCCCGCUCCCUGGACGGCAGGCUGCAAGUUUCCCACCGGAAGGGGCUGCCUCACGUCAUUUACUGCCGUGUGUGGCGCUGGCCCGACCUUCAGAGCCACCAUGAACUAAAACCACUGGAAUGCUGUGAGUUUCCUUUUGGUUCCAAGCAGAAGGAGGUGUGCAUCAAUCCCUACCACUAUAAGCGAGUAGAAAGCCCUGUUCUUCCUCCAGUACUGGUUCCAAGACACAGUGAAUAUAAUCCUCAGCACAGCCUCUUAGCUCAGUUCCGGAACUUAGGACAAAAUGAGCCUCACAUGCCACUCAACGCCACUUUCCCGGAUUCUUUCCAGCAACCCAGCAGCCAUCCGUUUCCUCAUUCUCCCAAUAGCAGUUACCCAAACUCUCCUGGGAGCAGCAGUAGCACCUACCCUCACUCUCCGACCAGCUCGGACCCAGGAAGCCCCUUUCAGAUGCCAGCCGAUACGCCUCCACCUGCUUAUCUGCCUCCUGAAGACCCCAUGACCCAGGAUGGCUCUCAGCCCAUGGACACAAAUAUGAUGGCGCCUUCACUGCCCCCAGAAAUCAACAGAGGAGAUGUUCAAGCAGUUGCUUACGAGGAACCAAAACACUGGUGCUCUAUUGUCUACUACGAGCUCAAUAAUCGUGUGGGCGAAGCUUUCCAUGCCUCCUCCACGAGCGUGCUGGUGGAUGGUUUCACCGAUCCUUCCAACAACAAGAACCGUUUCUGCCUUGGGCUGCUCUCCAACGUCAACCGGAAUUCCACUAUCGAAAACACUAGGCGACAUAUCGGGAAAGGAGUUCAUCUUUAUUAUGUCGGAGGCGAGGUAUAUGCCGAAUGCCUCAGUGACAGCAGUAUCUUUGUGCAAAGUCGGAACUGCAACUACCAUCACGGAUUUCAUCCCACUACUGUUUGCAAGAUCCCUAGUGGGUGUAGUUUGAAAAUUUUUAACAACCAAGAAUUUGCUCAGUUACUGGCACAGUCUGUGAACCAUGGCUUCGAGACAGUCUAUGAGCUCACAAAAAUGUGUACUAUUCGCAUGAGCUUUGUGAAGGGUUGGGGAGCAGAAUAUCACCGCCAAGAUGUUACUAGCACCCCCUGCUGGAUUGAGAUCCAUCUGCAUGGCCCCCUCCAGUGGCUGGAUAAAGUUCUUACCCAGAUGGGUUCACCUCAUAAUCCUAUUUCAUCUGUGUCUUAAAACGGCCUCGGGCUUCUGCCUCUUGAAAACUGUUGAGCCUUGCAUGUACUUGAAGGAUGGAUGAGUCAGACACCAUCUGAACUGACAAAGGAGCCUUGAUAAUACUUGACCUCUGUGACCAACUGUUGGAUUCAGAAAUUUAAAAACCUGGGUAACAUACUGUUGAUAUCAAGAACCUGUUUAGUUUACAUUGUAACAUUCUAUUGUAAAAUCAACUAAAAUGCAUACUUUUAGCAGGACUUCGUGUAUAGUUAAAGGAGAGAUGGCCAAGCCAGGGACAAAUCAUCUAUUGGAAAAACGGUCCUAAGAGAGAUUCUGUUGUGUUUGGCACUUUAAGGUCAUCGUUUGGCAGAAGCUGAGCAUUAAUAGUCUUUCUGACGUGUGUUUUUAUCAGGUUUAGAGCCCAUGUGGAGUCUUCUCGCAUGGGUUUUCAUAAUAUUUUAAAACUAUUUGUUUAGUAAUGGUUUUUGUUUGUUCGUUUUUUUUAAGUAAAGGUUAAUCUUGGUGAUAUACAUAGUAAUCUUUCUAAAAUUGUAUGCUGACCAUAAUGCUGUCAGAAUAAUGUUAGGCAUAUGCUCUUUGCUAAAUAUAUAUGUACAGAAUAUUUGGAAGUUAAGAAUUGAUUAGACUAGUGGAUUUAGGAGUAUUGGAGGGGGGGGGGGGAGAGGGAAAUGACAAAUGUAGAAUAUACUGUAAAAAUUCAGUUUGUUGCUUUAAAGAAACAAACUGAUGUCUGAAUUUUGCUGUGUUUCAAUUUUUUAGAGAUUUUAUCCUACCUUUUUUUUUUUUUCCAUCUUCUAUCCCAUCCUCUCCAAAAAACAGUUAUGCAGCUGGUUAAUUCAUAUAACUGUGAGAGCAAAUGAAUAAUUCCUGCUAUUCUGAAAUUGACUGCCUGUAUGUUUCAGUACCAAUUGUAUGGAGUGCUUGAAUUUAAUAAGGAGUUUUUAUGGAGUUUACAAUACAGAAAUAGGCUUUAAUUUUCAGGUGAAUUGUUUGCCAAACCUAGUAACUCUGUUAAAUAUUUGGAGGAUUUAAGGAACAUCUCAGUUUAAAUCCAUUUCAAACUUUUUAAGUUUUUUUGUACUAUGUGUGGUUUUAUUUUUCUUCUGCUAAUCUUUUAUAUUCACUUACGCUCUCGUACAUUGAGUACUUUUAUUCCAAAACUAGUGGGCUUUCUCUACUGGAAAUUUUGAAUAAACCUGUCAUUAUUGCUUACUUUGAUUAAAAA